CGCGCCCCGAGCAGCGCCGGGACCAGGCGGGGUCUUGUCGGGAAGCUCCCUCGGAAGAAAAGCUCGGGGAAGAAAGGGUUCCGGAAACGCGGAGCGCAGGGAGGAGGCCGGAGCCCGGGGAGGGACUCCACAGCCGUCGUGGCGCGGCCCCCCAAGGCUCCGGCAGAUUUUUCUCAGAACUGGAAGGCGCUGCAGGAGCUGCUGAAACAAAAAGCACAGACCUGCAGAAAGUCUCUCGUCAUCUCUCAGAUGGGUUCCAAACAGCAGCCGGGAAUUAUCCCGCAGAACAGAGAGAUCUCAGCUAAAGCGAAGGGUGUUGCGACGCCAACAGAGAGAGACCAAGAGGCCACCGGGGGCUCAGCUCCUUCAGGACCUGAGGACAGGAAGGUGCCAGUCCCCCACACAAAGGUCAAGGGAGCCAGGAAAGGGACAAACGGUGGCAUUUCUCUGAACAGAGGAGACAUCAAGCAUAAGAAGCGGAAAGCCGGGGAGGAGGCUGCAGCUGCGCCCCGGGCCCUACCCACAGAGGAAGACAUCUGGUUUGAUGACGUGGACCCUGCGGAUAUCGAAGCUGCCAUAGGCCCAGAGGCAGCCAAGGUAGCGAGAAAACAGCUGGGGCAGAAAGAGCACAGCCUCACCCUGGAGAAGGAGCAGGCCUUCAGCGGCCUGACGAGAGCCGUGGCCCUGGACUGCGAGAUGGUGGGCGUGGGUCCCAAAGGGGAGGAGAGCAUUGCCGCCCGCGUGUCUGUCGUGAACCAGCAUGGGAAGUGCGUCUACGACAAGUACGUCAAGCCCACCGAGCCUGUGACGGACUAUAGGACAGCGGUCAGUGGGGUGCGGCCUGAGCACCUCAGGCAGGGAGAAGAAUUCGAAGUUGUUCAGAAGGAGGUAGCAGAAAUUCUGAAGGGCAGGAUUCUGGUUGGACACGCGCUGCAUAAUGAUUUAAAGGUGUUGUUUCUUGAUCACCCAAAAAAGAAGAUCCGGGACACACAGAAGUACAAGCCUUUCAAGCGUCGCGUGAAGAGUGGGAGACCGUCUCUGAAGCUGCUUUCAGAGAAGAUCCUGGGGAUCAGAGUCCAGCAGGCGGAGCACUGUUCGGUUCAAGACGCCCAGGCAGCCAUGAGGCUUUACAUCACCGUGAAGAAGGAGUGGGAGAACAGAGACCAGCACCCCCCGGUGACUGCCCCCGACAGCUGUGAGCAGGACACUGAGCCGGUGCUGCCCUUCCCACUGGACUGGGGCGGCACUCGGCACAGAGGCCUUUGGAACUGAAGCAGGGACAGGUGGAAUCUCCCCAAAGCAGCCCUUCUGGGAAACUUUCAAGACCAUGGUGGCAGGGGUGCAGCCUGUUCACCCCUGAAACUGCUCCGUGGUUGUAUGUGUGGGGCCCAGGGCAGGGCUGUUGCAGGGAGGCAGGCUGUGCGGGCAUCAGAGCAGAGGUGGGACAUCGGGACUGUCAGCUUGUGUUGUGUUGUUGCCACCAACCUGACGGGAUUCACCCUAGGAGCUGUCUCCACGAGGAGCCUGGCCCAGGUGUCCAGGUCGGCUUCUGAGACGGCAUGGGCUCCUAUGGCCACCUGGGUUCUGAGAGACUUCCAGAGGGUGGGCGAGUGAGCCCAGGGUGGGCUAGGGUUCAGCUGACGCCAUGGCGGGGCCACACGAGUCAGCUAACCCAGUGGCCAGAUGAGCCCUGAGCAUCCCGGGUCAGCCGGGAGCGUUUUCGGCAGUGCCAAACUUACACGCCCUUUCUGGGAACCAGGCAGGUGGCCCUGCAUUAGGUGAAUAAAGCUGAAGGUUCAGGGA